GGUUUCUUCCUUACUGUUUCACCCCCAUCUAUUAUGCACAUCGCAAAGCAUUCACACGAAAGCAAUAAGAUCUUCAUGUUCAACCUAGCUGCACCAUUUAUCUCACAAUUUUUCUUCGAACCUUUGAAGGAAGUUCUUCCCUAUGUUGAUGUUAUUUUCGGCAAUGAGGAUGAAGCGUCGGCGUUCUCUAAGGCCGCAAACUUCGGUACAACGAACAACGAGGAAAUCGCAGUCAAGAUUGCGCUGUGGGAUAAGGUGUCGCAAAGAAAACGUAUAGUAGUCAUCACGCAAGGAGCUGAUUCUGUUAUAGUAGCUGUUGGAGACAAAACUACGCUUUAUCCUGUGCCAAAAAUUGCCAAAGAAAAGAUUGUUGACACAAACGGUGCUGGCGACGCUUUUGUGGGAGGUCAGACAGAAGUUAAUGCAUUAUGGAAAUUUUCCAACUUUUGUGUACAACCUGCAAGCAGGACUUCAGCGCAGGACUUAUGA